AUGGUCAUUUUCAUUUCAACGUUCCCUAACGCAAGUUAUCAAGUGCAUAUCCUUAAGGUUGACCUUUCCUUCAUUGGAUUUAAGCUAGCUCAUUAUAGUGACGUAUAUGGCGUGAUGGGAUAUUCUUCUACAAACGUAAAACGACAAACAAAUAACUUCGACUGCUCAAGAAAGAACAUAACCGAUUCCCAUACUCAGUAUUACCUGGUAUUAGA